AUGAAGGCAGGAGAUGCUGAAGACUUUGGGGGAGAUGUGGAUGCUAGGGGAGAUGUGGAUGCUGGGGUAGAGGAGGAUGCUGGGGGAGACAAGGAUGCUGGGGGAAGUGAAGAACGUGGGGUAGACGAGGACGCUGGGGGAGAUGUGGGUAUUGGAGGAGAUGAGGAUGCUGGGGGUGAUGAAGAAUCUGGAGUAGAUGAGGAUGCUGGGGGAGAUGUGGGUGCUGGGGGAGAUGUGGAUGCUGGAGGAGAUAUGCUCUGUGCCGAGGGCCACGUGGCCAAGAGCCUGGGCUACGUGGAGCUGGGCACCGCCGGGCUCCUCAAGGACGUGCCCUACGGCAGCCUGAAGCCGCCGGCGCUGGAGCCCGGGCGGCUGCUCCCGGGCGGCGCCGGCACCGCCGCGCUGCCCGUGGCGCCCUGGGACUGGCCCAGCAACCGGACGGCGGGCGGGGGGCCGGGCGCCCGGCGCAAGCCCUCGCUCAAGGCCGCCCGCGCCAAGAAGAUCUUCGGCUGGGGCGACUUCUACGUCAACAUCAAGACGCUCAAGUUCAGCCUGCUGGUGACGGGCAAGAUCGUGGACCACAUCAACGGCACCUUCAGCGUCUACUUCCGCCACAACUCCUCGAGCCUGGGCAACGUCUCGGUGAGCAUCGUGCCGCCCUCCAAGGCCGUGGGCUUCGAGGUGCUGCUGCCCGCCCUGGCGCGCCCGCCGCCCCCGCAGAGCACCCUGCCCCACGGCCGCCCCAAGGCACUCAACUGCCACGUGGAGUACGAGAAGACCAACCGGGCGCGCAAGAACAAGCCCUGCCUUUACGACCCGUCCAAGGUGUGCUUCACGGAGCACAUGCAGAGCCAUGCCGCCUGGCUCUGCGCCAAGCCCUUCAAGGUCAUCUGCAUCUUCAUCUCCUUCCUCAGCAUCGACUACAAGCUGGUGCAGAAGGUCUGCCCAGACUACAACUUCCAGCACGACAACCCCUACUUUGGUUGAAGGUGCCCAUGGGCAGCCGACGCGCGGGGCUGGCAGCAGGUUUCGGGGCACGGCAGGGAGCAGGCGCAUGCAAGGGGUGCAAACACAUGCACGCAGCAGGCUUGGAGCCUUGUGCAUCUCCACGCAUGCACGCGCAGCUGCUCCAUGCAGGUGCAUGCAUGUGUGCCCGUGCUCGCCUCCACAUGCACCGAUGCAUCCGAGUGCAGGAACCCUGUGCAUUCCGGCCGCCCGCGCAUCCCAAAGUGCCGGCCACCCCUCCUUGGCCGGGAGCACUCAGGCCGGGCUGGGGAAGCUGG